AUGAUGCAGGCCCAGGAAUCGCUGACCCUGGAGGACUUGGCCGUGGAGUUCACCUGGGAGGAGUGGCAGCUCCUGGGCCCUGCGCAGAAGGACCUGUACCGGGACGUGAUGCUGGAGAACUACAGCAACCUGGUGUCAGUGGGGUAUCAAGCCAGCAAAUCAGAUACACUCUCCAAGUUGGAACGAGGAGAGCUGUGGAUGAUAGAGGAUGAAAUCUGUGGCCAAAUCUGUUCUGACAUCAGGAAAAUUGAUAAUCCUCUGCAGCAUCACUUGCAAGAUCAAAGUAUUCAGAAGAGAGGUCAUUUGCUGUUAAAGCAAAAUUGUGAUAUGUUUGACUUACAUGAAAAACCUUUAAAAUCAAAUUUUAGUUUUGAAAACCAGAACGGAAGCUGUGACCUAAAGAACUCUAUUGAGUUUAAUGUUUAUGGGAAAUCCCUUUUUCAUGAUAACCAUGAACAAUUUUCUUCUGAAAUUAAAUUCCCUAUAAGUACAAAACCUAUCAAAAAUAAACCCCAGGUCAUUAAGCAACAGAGAACUCCCAGCAUAGAGAAAGCUCAUGUAUGCAGUGAAUGUGGGAAAGGGUUCAUCAAGUUGUCUCAGUUCGUUGAUCAUCAGAGAGUUCAUACUGGAGAAAAACCUUAUGAAUGCAGUAUGUGUGGGAAAGCAUUCUCCAGAAAAUCCAGGCUAAUGGAACAUCAGAGAACUCAUACAGGACUGAAAUAUUACGAAUGCACUGAAUGUGACAAAACCUUCCUCAAGAAAUUACAGUUCAAUAUACAUCAGAAAACUCAUAUGGGAGAGAAACCUUAUACAUGUAGUGAAUGUGGGAAAGCCUUCAUCAAAAAGUGUCGGCUUAUUUAUCAUCAGCGAACUCACACAGGAGAGAAACCCCAUGAAUGCAGUGUAUGUGAGAAAGCCUUCUCUACAAAGUUUAGUCUAACUACACAUCAGAAAACUCAUACAGGAGAGAAGCCUUAUAUAUGUAGUGAAUGUGGUAAAGGCUUUAUCGAGAAGAGGCGUCUUACUGCACAUCAUCGAACUCAUACUGGUGAGAAACCCUUUGUGUGCAAUAAAUGUGGGAAAGGCUUCACCUUGAAGAACAGUCUUAUCACACAUCAGCAAACUCAUACAGAAGAGAAAUUAUAUACAUGCAGUGAAUGUGGAAAAGGCUUUUCAGUGAAGCACUGUCUUAUUGUACAUCAACGAACUCAUACUGGAGAGAAACCCUAUAUAUGCAAUGAGUGUGGAAAAGGCUUCACCUUGAAGAGCCCUCUAAUCAGACAUCAGCGAACACAUACAGGAGAGAAACCCUAUGUAUGCACUGAAUGUCGAAAAGGCUUCACCAUGAAGAGUGACCUCAUUGUACAUCAGCGAACUCAUACUGCAGAGAAGCCAUAUGUAUGCAAUGAUUGUGGAAAAGGUUUCACUGUGAAGAGCCGCCUGAUUGUACAUCAGCGAACUCAUACAGGAGAGAAACCCUAUGUAUGUAGUGAAUGUGGAAAGGGCUUUCCAGCAAAGAUCCGGCUAAUUGGACAUCAACGAACUCACACUGGAGAGAAACCUUACAUAUGUAGUGAGUGUGGAAAAGGCUUCACUGAGAAGAGUCACCUCAAUGUACAUCGGCGCACUCAUACAGGAGAGAAACCCUAUAUAUGCAGUGAAUGUGGCAAAGGCUUAACUGGAAAAAGCAUGCUCAUUGCACAUCAGCGAACUCAUACUGGGGAGAAACCAUAUAUAUGCAAUGAAUGUGGAAAGCGCUUCACCAUGAAGAGUACUCUAGGAAUCCAUCAGCAAACCCAUACUGGACAGAAACCAUACAAAUGCAAUGAAUGUGGUAAAACCUUCAGGAAGAAGACAUGCCUCAUACAACAUCAGAGGUUUCACACAGGAAAGACUUCCUUUGCAUGUACUGAGUGUGGAAAAUUAUCUUUGCGCAAAAAUGAUCUCAUUACACAUCAGAGAAUUCACACAGGAGAGAAACCAUAUGGAUGUACUGAGUGUGGGAAAGCCUUCACUACAAAGUCCGGGCUCAAUGUUCAUCAAAGAAAACAUACAGGAGAGAGGCCCUAUGGUUGCAGUGAUUGUGGGAAAGCUUUCGCCCACUUGUCUAUUCUUGUUAAGCACAAGAGGAUUCACAGGUAGUCAUUUUGAGAAAAACUUGCCAGUUGUAAGUCCUCAAGAUAUUAUAGUAUUUGCAAAGAAUAA